AUGAAACCGGCGGGGGCGGCCGGGGAACAAGUUCGGGACCGGCCGGUGCUGGUGACGUUUACAGGCCCACGCAGGCCGGGCAGGCUAAGGGUCCGAGCAGGUCAGGCGAGGGGCCCCGAGCCAGGCAGGCGAGUGUACCGAGCAGGUCAACACGAGGGUCCGAGAAGGUCAGCCGAGGGUCCGAGCAGCAGUCAGCCGGGGGUCCGAGCAGGUCAGGGUCCGAGCAGGUCAGCCGGGGGUCCGAGAGGGCAGGGUCCGAGCAGGUCGGGGUCCGAGCAGGUCAGGGUCCGCACAGGUCAGGAGUCCGAACAGUCAGGCUCGUCGCAGGCGGGGCCCGCGGGGUGCGCGGGCCCACGCAGGCCGGCAGGCGAGGGUCCGAGCAGGUCAGGCGAGGGUCCGAUAGCAGGUCGAGAGGCACGAGGGGUCCGAGAAGGUCAGCCCGAGGGUCGAGCAGGGUCAGCCGGGGGUCCGAGCAGGUCAGGGUCCGAGAAGGUCAGCCGGGGGUCCGAGCAGGUCAGGGUCCGAGCAGGUCGGGGUCCGAGCAGGCAGGGUCCGCACAGGUCAGGAGUCCGAACAGGUCGGAGGCUCGUCGGCAGGCGGGGGGGCCCGCGGAGGUGCCGCGGUAUGAAACGCGGCGGGGGGCGGGGGGGAACCAAGUUCGGCGACCGGCCGGGCUGGUGGCCGUACAGGGCCCACGCAGGCCGGGCAGGCGAGGUCCGCUUUCAGCAGGUCAGGCGAGGGUCCCCCGCAGGCGAGGCAGGCGAGUGUCCGAGCAGUCAAAACGAGGGUCCGAGAAGGUCAGACCGAGGGUCCGAGCAGGGUUCAGGCCGGGGUCCUGAGCAGGUCAGGGUCCGAGCAGGUCAGCCGGGGGUCGAGAAGGUCAGGGUUUCCGAAGCAGGUCGGGGUACCGAGCAGGGUCAGGUCCGCACAGGUCAGGAGUCGAACAGGUCAGGCUCGUCGCAGGCGGGGGCCCGCGGGGUGCGCGGUUAUGAAACCGGCGGGGGGCGGCGGGGGGGGGAAACAAGUUCGGCGACCGGCCGGGCUGGUGGCCGUACAGGGCCCACGCAGGCCGGGCAGGGCGAGGGUCCGAUCAGGUCAGGCGAGGUCGAGAAGGUAGAGUGUCAAGCAACGAGGGUCCGAGGAAGGUCAGCCGGAGGGUCCGAUUCCAGGUCAGCCGGGGGUCCGAGCAGGGUCAGCGUCCGAGACAGGUCAGCCGGGGGGUCCGGAGCAGGGCAGGGUCCGAGCAGGUCGGGGUCGAGCAGGUCAGGGUCCGCACAGGUCAGGAGUCCGAAACAGGUCAGGGCUCGUCGCAGGCGGGGCCCGCGGGGUGCCGCGGUAAUGGAAACCGGCGGGGGCGGCGGGGGAAACAAGUUCGGCGACCGGCCGGGCUGGUGGGCCGUACAGGGCCCGCAGGGCCGGGCCAGGCGAGGGUCCGAGCAGGUUCAGGCGAGGGGCCCACGCAGGCCGGCAGGCGGAAGUUGUCCGAGCAGGGUCAAACGAGGCGUCCGAGAAGGUCAGCCGAGGUCGAGCAGGUCAGCCGGGGGUCCGAGCAGGUUCAGGGUCCGAGCAGGGGGUCAGCCGGGGUCCGAGCAGGUCAGGGUCCAGCAGGUCGGGGUCCGAAGCAGGUCAGCGUCCGAGAAAGGGUCAAGCCGGGGGGUCCGAGCAGCAGGGUCCGAGCAGGGUCGGGGGUCGAGCCCAGGUCAGGGUCCCGCACAGGUCAGGAGUCCGGAAAACAGGUGGCUCGUCGCAGGGCGGGGCCCGCGGGGUGCCGCGGUAUUGAAACCGGCGGGGGCGGCGGGGGGGAAACAAGGUUCGGCGACCGGCCGGGCUGGUGGCGUUUUACAGGGCCCACGAGGGGCCGGCGCAGCGAGGGGUACGAGCAGGGUCAGGCGGGAGGGGCCCACGCAGGCCGGCAGGCAGGAGUGUCCGAGCAGGUCAAAAAACGAGGGUCCGAAGGAAGGUCAGCCGAGGGUCCGAGAGGUCAGCCGGGGGUCCGAGAGGUCAGGGUCCGAGACAGGUCAAGCCGGGGGUCGAGCAGGUCAGGGUCCCGAAGCAGGUAGGGUAGAGCAGGUCAGGGUCCGGCACAGGUCUCAGCCGGGGGGUCCGAGCAGGUCAGGGUCCGAGCAGGUCAGCCGGGGGUCCGAGCAGGUCAGGGUCCGAGCAGGUCGGGGUCCGAGCAGGUCAGUGUCCGCACAGGUCAGGAGUCCGAACAGGUCAGGCUCGUCGCAGGCGGGGCCCGCGGGGUGCCGCGGUAUGAACCGGCUGGGGCGGCGGGGAACAAGUUCGGCGACCGGCCGGGCUGGUGGCCGUACAGGGCCCACGCAGGCCGGGCAGGCGAGGGUCCGAGCAGGUCAGGCGAGGGACCCACGCAGGGCGGGCAGGCGGGAGUGUCGAGACAGGUCAAACGAGGGUCCGAGAAGGGUAGCCGAGGGUCGAGCAGGCAGCCGGGGGUCGCGGCAGGGUCAGGGUCCGAAGCAGGUCAGCCGGGGGGGGGGGUCGAGCAGGUCAGGGUCCGCCACAGGUCAGGAGUCCGAAACAGGUCAGGCUCGUCGCUGUAGUGGAGGCGGGCUGGCUCUGUGGGAACAGUGUGAACAGUAA